GGUCUCGCGAUAGAAUAUUUGUUUACCCCCGAGUGCGCGCGGGCUCUGGCUGGCCGUACUUUUCAUAUAGCAAGUUAGCCCGGUAUUUUUCUUCCAACUUCCAAUGUCAUUAUUUGGACCGUUGCAUGUAAUACUAAGGUGUAUACGUAUGUAUUAGUAUUAUUUGUAGUCUCUAAAGGGAUUCUGAGCGUUGUGCCUUGCAAACGAACCACUGGAAACGGAGACGCAAGAUUUAGCUAGCGUUAGCUCGCUAGCAAGCAAGCUGCAGCUCAAAGAAGCUUGCUAACCAUUUCAAGGCCAGCAUUUUUUCUUUUAAAUAGGACGUUGUUGUUUUCACAAUGGGCUAUCUAAAAUUAAUCGAGAUAGAAAAUUUUAAAUCUUAUAAAGGCAGGCAAAUUAUUGGACCUUUCCAGAAGUUUACUGCCAUCAUCGGACCUAAUGGAUCAGGGAAGUCCAACCUUAUGGACGCCAUCAGCUUCGUGCUGGCAGAGAAGACCAGUAACUUGAGAGUGAAGACGCUGAAGGAUCUGAUCCAUGGAGCCCCCGUGGGGAAGCCGGCCGCCAACAGGGCCUUUGUGAGCAUGGUGUACCGCGAGGACAGUGGCGAGGAGCGCCACUUCAGCCGAAUUAUCAUAGGGUCCUCCUCUGAGUAUCGCAUCAACGGCAAGGUGGUGGGGCUGCCCGAGUACAGUGAGGAGCUGGAGAAACUCGGCAUUCUCAUCAAGGCCAGGAACUUCCUCGUCUUCCAGGGUGCGGUGGAGUCCAUCGCCAUGAAGAACCCCAAAGAGCGUACCGCCCUGUUCGAGGAGAUCUCUCGCUCGGGCGAGCUGUCUCAGGAGUACGACCGCAGGAAGAAGGAGAUGGUGAAGGCGGAGGAGGACACGCAGUUCAACUACCACCGCAAAAAGAACAUCGCUGCCGAGCGCAAGGAGGCCAAGCAGGAGAAAGAAGAGGCGGAGCGUUACCAGCGCUUGAAGGACGAGGUGUCGCGAGCCCACGUGCAGAUGCAGCUGUUCAGGCUGUAUCACAACGACGCCGAGAUCGAGAAGCUGAACCGCGAGCUGGCUCACCGCAACAAGGAGAUCGACAAGGACCGCAAGCGCAUGGACCGCGUGGAGGAGGAGCUGAAGGACAAGAAGAAGGAGCUGGGCAGGCUGAUGAGGGAGCAGCAGACCAUAGAGAAGGAGAUCAAGGAGAAGGACUCUGAGCUGAACCAGAAGCGUCCCCAGUACAUCAAGGCCAAAGAGAACACCGCCCACAAGAUCAAGAAGCUGGAGGCGGCACGCAAGUCCCUGCAGAACGCCCAGAAGCUGUACAAGAAGCGCAAGCUGGACAUGGAGGAGCUGGAGAAGGAGCAGGGCGCCGUGGAGAUGGCCAGGCAGGAGUUCGACGAGCGCAUGGAGGAGGAGGCGCAGAGCCAGGGGCAGGACCUCCAGCUGGAGGAGAACCAGGUGAAAGCUUACCACCGCUUGAAGGAAGAGGCCAGUAAACGGGCCGCCACUCUGGCUCAGGAGGCGGAGAAGUUCAACCGGGACCAGAAGGCCGACCAGGACCGCUUGGACCUGGAGGAGAGGAAGAAAGUGGAGACAGAGGCCAAGAUCAAGCAGAAGAUCAGAGAGAUCGAGGAGAACCAGAAGCGUAUUGAGAAACUGGAGGACUACAUCAACACCAGCAAGCAAUCUCUGGAUGAGCAGAAGCGGAUGGAGGAGGAGUUGACUGAGGAGGUGGAGUCGGCCAAGAGGAGGAUUGAUGAGAUUAACACAGAGCUUAAUCAGGUUAUGGAGCAGCUGGGCGAUGCCCGUAUCGACAGGCAGGAGAACAGCCGACAGCAGCGCAAGGCUGAGAUCAUGGAGAGCAUCAAGAGACUCUACCCUGGAUCUGUGUAUGGCAGACUGAUCGACCUUUGCCAGCCCACCCAGAAGAAGUACCAGAUUGCUGUGACCAAGGUCCUGGGAAAGAACAUGGACGCCAUCAUCGUAGACUCGGAGAAGACGGGCCGUGACUGUAUCCAGUACAUCAAAGAACAGCGAGGAGAGCCGGAGACCUUCCUGCCCCUUGACUACCUGGAGGUGAAACCCACUGAUGAGAAGCUGCGUGAGCUGCGCGGGGCGCGUCUGGUGAUCGACGUGAUCCGCUAUGAGCCGCCCCACAUCAAGAAGGCGCUGCAGUACGCCUGCGGUAACGCCCUGGUGUGCGAGAACGUGGAGGAUGCGCGCAGGAUCGCCUUCGGAGGAGCAUACAGACACAAGACUGUGGCGCUGGACGGCACCCUGUUCCAGAAGUCCGGUGUGAUCUCGGGCGGUGCCAGUGACCUGAAGGCCAAGGCGCGGCGAUGGGACGAGAAGGCCGUGGACAAGCUGAAGGACCGGAAGGAGAAACUCACCGACGAGCUCAAGGAACAAAUGAAAGCCAAGAGGAAGGAGGCCGAGCUGCGCCAGGUGCAGUCCCAGGCCCACGGCCUUCAGAUGAGGCUCAAGUACUCCCAGAGCGACCUGGAACAGACCAAGACCCGCCACCUGGCCCUCAACAUGCAGGAAAAGUCCAAGCUGGAGAGUGAGCUUGCCAACUUUGGUCCACGUAUCAACGACAUCAAGAGAAUUGUCCAAUCACGCGAGAGGGACAUGAAAGACCUCAAAGACCGCAUGAAUCUGGUGGAGGACGAGGUGUUUGUGGAGUUCUGCGAGGAGAUCGGGGUCAGAAACAUCCGUGAAUUCGAGGAGGAAAAAGUCAAGAGGCAGAACGAGAUCGCAAAGAAACGCCUGGAGUUUGAGACCCAAAAGACUCGCCUCGGCAUCCAGCUGGACUACGAGAAGAACCAGCUGAAGGAGGACCACGAGAAAGUGCUCAUGUGGGAACAGACGGUGAAGAAAGACGAGAGCGAGAUCGAGCGAAUGAAGAAGGAGGAGCAGAGGCACAUGAAGAUCAUUGAUGAGACCAUGGCCCAGCUGCAGGACCUGAAGAACGGGCACCUCACCAAGAAGUCCGAGGUCAACGACAAGAACCACGAGAUGGAGGAGAUCCGCAAGAAGCUGGGUGGAGCCAACAAGGAGUUGACCCAGCUGCAGAAGGAGGUGACGGCCAUCGAGACCAAGCUGGAACAGAAGCGCAGCGACCGGCACAACCUGCUGCAGGCCUGCAAGAUGCAGGACAUCAGGCUGCCACUCAAGACAGGAACCAUGGAUGACAUCAGCCAGCAGGAGGGAAGGGAGGAGACCAAGGAGGAGGCAGCCCAGAGGACCUCUAGCACAGUCCUGGCCAAAGAGGCUCUCAUAGAGAUCGACUACAGCAACCUGUCAGAGGACCAUAAGGAUGCCCUGUCUGAGGACGAGAUCAAGGCGGAGAUGAACCAGCUGCAGCAGCGGCUCAACGAGCAGCAGAGCGUCCUGCAGAGGAUCAGCGCCCCCAACAUGAAGGCCAUGGAGAAGCUGGAGAGCGUCAGGGACAAGUUCCAGGAGACCAGUGACGAGUUUGAGGCGGCCAGGAAGAGAGCCAAGAAAGCCAAGCAGGCUUUUGAGCAGAUUAAGAAGGAGCGUUACGACCGCUUCAACGCCUGCUUUGAGUCCGUCGCCACCAACAUUGAUGAGAUCUACAAGGCUUUGUCCCGCAACAGCAGUGCCCAGGCCUUCCUGGGCCCAGAGAACCCCGAGGAGCCCUACCUGGACGGGAUCAACUACAACUGUGUGGCUCCUGGCAAACGCUUCAGGCCCAUGGACAACCUCUCAGGAGGAGAGAAGACUGUAGCCGCCCUGGCCCUGCUGUUUGCCAUUCACAGUUAUAAGCCUGCACCCUUCUUCGUGCUGGAUGAGAUUGAUGCUGCCCUCGACAACACCAACAUCGGCAAGGUGGCGAACUACAUCAAGGAUCAGUCUGUUCUGAACUUCCAAGCCAUCGUCAUCUCCCUGAAGGAGGAGUUUUACACCAAGGCUGAUGCCCUUGUUGGAGUCUACCCUGAGCCUGGAGACUGUGUCAUCAGCAAAGUUUUAACCUUUGACCUUUCGGAAUAUCCGGACGCGAACCCCAACCCAAACGAGUAGAGCUGCCCACCACGUGCUCUUGCGACAUCACGUACUUGAGUUUACCCCUGCUGAGUUGUCUACGCAACAAUUAUGUUUCAGAUGCAUUUCUAUACAACUUCUCUUUUCUUUUUCCUUUUCUUCCUAACUCCGAUGAAUCAUGACCGCAUAAAAAGCUCUGUGACCCAACAGUAGAAUUAUGGAUUGAGCUGACUAGCAGGGUCAACAGUUAAUGUUAUCAGGCCAUUCAUUCCACUCAUAGGACUAGAGUAGGCAUUGUAUUGACUGGAUACUUUGUUGACGUUUCUCCUACACUGCAAGCAUUCUUUUGUCUCUUGGGGUUGUGUACUGGCCUAAUCAUGUUUGGUUUCUUGCCAUAGUAAGGUUGUGUUCUUGCUUUUCUGUAAUCUUGUAUUUGAAUUUUUGAAAAAUGAUGUGACUCCUAACAGAGAUGUUGAGAGAGGUAGCUGUAAUUACAUGUUUUUUAUACCCCUAUGAAGAAUUCAAUUUUCAUGUUUUUAAGUACUUGUUUUAAGUAGUGAACCUUCAGCGCUACCUUUACACUGCAAGUUCAUCUCGACUCGCUACACACAUACAACAAUGGUUCCUUCAGGGAAUGUUGUGCACAGAACAUCUGUCAGCACGUGGUUUUGUUUUGAAAGGUGGCAGAGUGACAAACAUGUGUGGAAGAUUCCAAGGCCGAGUGCAACUUCCUGGUCCCCCCAUCCCGUGUAGGACCAUGUGUUUGUCUGCAGCAUAUUCACUUUUAGCUGACAUGUGUUUUAAGUCUCAGUAUGAACCCUGACUGCUUUUUUGGAGUAAAAUAAAUAAAUAAAAAGAAACUUUUCUUUCUUGUCA